AUGGUGGAGACAGUACCGUUAACCAUUCUCAAGUUCCACAUUAUACGCCAUUAUGCCAGAAUGGGAUUUGCGGAGGGUGAUGUCGUCUCGCUUAUUUACUCUGCGUUAACUGAACCAGGGAAAUUUGAAGUGGAUUGGGGGCAAAACCUUAACUUCAAGGGGGAUAUUACUGCAAUACCACAUACCCGGAUCCUGACUAAUCAGAGACGUAAAGCAACCCAAUCAUCGACAGGAGACUGGUUUUGCAAUGGUGAAGAAACAGAUGUAAUUGUUACACCCACGACUUCCACAACCGCGUCGAGAACUUCAUCUUCCACAAGUUUCUCAACAAGUAGCAGCGUCUCCCCUGGACCGUCCCCUAUUCACAACGAAGGAAAUAAAACUCCUGUAGGCCUGAUUGCGGGGGUCUCAGCGAGUAUGGGCGCAAUUCUUCUUCUCCUCGUAGGCUUCUUCAUUUGGUGGAGAUCAAAACAGAAACGACAGCAACUUGGUGCCAUAAAGACUAUUCAUAUUUCGAAUCCUUUACCACCACCAAGUCCAAAUAGUACUGGAAUGUUUGAAGAUAAGCAGCUCCCUGGAGGGUCGCAGCCUGCCCAUGCCGCUUCUACAUUUACUUAUCUUCCUGAAGUCCAACAUGAUCCUGAUGCCGCCAGGAACAUAAACUCACCUUCUGCAGCAUUGCGUGUUACGCCUACUACGCCAACAUUCCCAUACAACUCUUCAAAAGGAUCUUCUAAUGCAAUCCAGUACCCUUCCGCUCACGAAUCCCCGGUUCCUUCCAGUCUUGGUGUUCCAACUUCGACGCAUUAUUCUUCGAGCACAUCCGACGCUGUAGACCGUUAUCUCCUCGAAGCAAGGUUAGCAGCCGACAGAGAGCUCUCCAAAAUGCGACAGGACGGACGCUGCUAG